GAGGGACGUGAGCCUAUGCAGCCCUUCUGCAGGAGCCCAGCCAGAGGUGGCAGAGCGGACUGCACGUUGGGCAGACUCAAGGGAGGGUCGCUAAACUGGGUCGGGCCGGUACUGAGUGACCACAGUGAUCGCGGACCUCUGCCGACCUGACUGCUCUGCUCUGACUGCGGAGCGCGGCCCAGACCCGGGGCGGUGGUGACCUGUGGGCUCCUUCCCACCAGCACUUUGGAAAGGAAGCAGGAGGGAAGGAGGGGGGACGGCGCAGGGAACUCUUGAGUCCACUGGAGCCCAGUCCACUAUGAUCCUACUCGCCCUUUGCUCUGGAAGACGGCUGGAUUUCGUGCAUCACCCGGGGACGAUAUUUUUGCAAACAUUGCUUUGGAUUUUAUGUGAUGCCGUCUGCGGAACAGAGCAGUAUUUCAAUGUGGAGGUGUGGCUGCAGAAGUACGGCUACCUGCCCCCAACAGAUCCACAGAUGUCAGUGUUGCGCUCAGCAGAGACCCUGCAGUCUGCCCUGGCAGCCAUGCAGCAGUUCUAUGGCAUCAACAUGACAGGCAAGGUGGACCGGAAUACCAUUGACUGGAUGAAGAAACCUCGGUGUGGUGUACCUGACCAGACAAGAGGCAGCUCCAAAUUCAACAUCCGUCGGAAGCGAUAUGCAUUAACAGGCCAGAAGUGGCAGCACAAACACAUCACCUACAGUAUAAAGAACGUAACUCCAAAAGUAGGGGAGCCUGAAACCCGUAAAGCAAUUCGUCGUGCCUUUGAUGUGUGGCAGAAUGUGACUCCUCUGACAUUCGAAGAAGUGCCCUACAGUGAAUUAGAAAAUGGUAAACGAGACGUGGAUAUAACCAUCAUUUUUGCUUCUGGUUUCCAUGGAGACAGCUCACCCUUUGAUGGAGAGGGAGGGUUUUUGGCACAUGCCUACUUCCCAGGACCAGGAAUUGGGGGAGACACUCAUUUUGACUCCGAUGAGCCAUGGACACUAGGAAAUCCAAAUCAUGAUGGAAAUGACUUGUUUCUCGUGGCGGUUCAUGAGCUGGGCCAUGCUCUGGGCUUGGAGCACUCCAAUGACCCCACUGCUAUCAUGGCCCCUUUCUACCAGUACAUGGAGACCAACAACUUUGAGCUGCCCAGUGACGACCUACAGGGUAUCCAGAAGAUCUAUGGUCCACCAGACAAGACUCCUCCACCAACUAGACCUCUGCCCACAGUGCCCCCACACCGCUCCCUCCCCCCAGCUGAUCCCCGGAGAAACGACAAACCCAAGCCACCUCGGCCACCCACGGGCAGACCCUCCUACCCAGGGGCCAAACCCAACAUCUGUGAUGGCAACUUCAACACACUCGCCGUUCUCCGCCGGGAGAUGUUUGUGUUCAAGGAACAGUGGUUCUGGCGUGUGAGGAACAACAGGGUCAUGGAUGGGUACCCCAUGCAGAUCACUUACUUCUGGCGUGGCUUGCCUCCGGGUAUCGACGCAGUGUAUGAAAACAAUGAUGGGAACUUUGUCUUCUUCAAAGGUAACAAAUAUUGGGUGUUUAAGGACACGACUCUUCAACCAGGCUACCCUCAUGACUUGAUUACUCUUGGGAGUGGAAUUCCACCUCAUGGCAUUGAUUCAGCCAUUUGGUGGGAGGACGUUGGGAAAACCUAUUUCUUCAAGGGAAACAGGUAUUGGAGAUAUAGUGAAGAAAUGAAAACCAUGGACCCUGGCUAUCCCAAACCCAUUACAGUCUGGAAAGGUAUCCCUGACUCUCCUCAGGGAGCAUUCGUGCACAAGGAGAACGGAUUUACAUAUUUCUACAAAGGAAAGGAGUAUUGGAAAUUCAACAACCAGAUACUCAAAGUAGAACCUGGAUAUCCCAGAUCCAUCCUGAAGGACUUUAUGGGCUGUGAUGGGCCAACAGACCGACACAAAGAAGGACAUAGCCCUACUGAUGAUGUGGACAUUGUCAUCAAAGUGGACCACACGGCCAGCACUGUGAAAGCCAUUGCCAUUGUUAUCCCAUGCAUCCUGGCCCUCUGCCUGCUGGUACUUGUCUACACUGUGCUCCAGUUCAAGAGGAAAGGGACUCCUCGGCACAUACUGUACUGUAAACGCUCCAUGCAGGAGUGGGUGUGACACGGGGCUUCCAACUGCUUUUCCAGGAGUUGGUGAUCAUUUGAGAUGCGAGACAAGAGCUGUUAUGCUGGUACCUAGCUCAGAGCAGGCUGGUGGCAGCCUGGUUUGGGGCUGACCUUUCAAACCAGAGUGUUGCUGGUCCUGCGCAUGAGUGGAAAUUCAGAUGUGGGGACACCUCCAUGAUGCAAGUCCCUACCAUCCCUCAGUCCUUUGUCUUUCUUUGUCUUUUCAUUCUAGGCCUUUCCUCUGCACAUUUGAUGCCCAGGACAUUUUCAGGAGUAAUACCAGAAGAGGAAACCAUGAAAAAGAUUCUUCCUAAUUGUUUCAAAUAGGAUUGUCCUUCUGAAGUCUGAGCCCAUUUCUGGGGUUGCAGGGUAGGGAGAAAAGCAAAAUGGAGAACCCACACAUUUUUGCUUUACAGCCAAGAAAAUUUUAAAAUGUUAAACAAAACAACUCAUAGUUGAGCUUUCAGGAAAGUGGAAGACCCAGAACAGCUUAGUCUCCAAAGAGCGUGUUCUGACCUCUCCAGGAAGUCUACUGUGCUUGCUGGUGUUGAGGCAGCAAGUCAAGACUGGGGAGCCAUUCCAGCCAACAGGGGCCAAAUUCUCUGCAAUAUAGUAACAGCCUUAAUAACAUUCCUUUUUUUGUUUUCUACAGCUAUUCUCAGCCAUGUCCUUACUGUCCCAGCCCAUUUGUACUUAGAGCUCUACUCAAACAGGACUUUGAAUUGUUUGGAAGUGUUUCCAGAAGUGUGUCCUUCCUUCCACCUUGCAUUGUCAUUGUGGAACCUCCCCAAGCUGUUUUAGGCCAUUGCCCUAGGCCUCUCCUGGGUCUGUUGGGAAUAUUCAUUCUAUGAGAGUGAGAAGCAGCAUGUCCCUAACAUGGUGUGAAGUGACAAUUGCUUAUAAGGCAAUGUGACAUUAUAAUCCAAUGGUGGAACCCUUUGAGAACUAUCAGAUCACCUUUCAGAGUCACUGUGUUGUCAGUUUGGCUAUAUGGUGAAUUUUGAACAACUGGGCAAUAGUGACAAUGGUCUCAGGUUCAGGAAUGUCAGGUUUUUAAAACAGAUAUCCUACAACCCUGUGCAAUGUUUAAGUGACUUCUGGUCCUACAGAAAUGCAUCAUGACAAACACAGGUGAUGUGACUUGCCAAAACACUUCCUUGCAAAUAAAAAGGUAUUUUAUUAAGUAUCUUGUAAGAGUGAGAUUUUAUUUGAAGAACCAGUGAUAACAGCCUAAGUCUCUUUUACAUUGGUUAGACAUACUGAGUUUCUGUUUUAAAAUCCAUUGCAUGGGGGUUCAGUUCGCCUUGAGACAUGCAGUGCAUAUGGCCCCUGUAAAGUGAAUUGAAGUGACUGUCCUGCAUGGUGACCAUAGUUCUCAAAGGGUUUGUGUGGCUUCCAAAUGGACGGUGUCCAGCCAUCCAUUUGGUUACUGACAGAGCCAAGACACCACCUAAGCAUCUCACUGUGGAGUGUCAUUUGUCCUAACAUCAGUACAGUCAUUUUUGUGUGACCUGUGGAGCAGGUUCAUAUCAAUAUUUUUUUCCUAGUGAAAAGUCAGCAACUGACAGACCUCUUUAUUGAUUUUCAAGAAGCUGCUUCUCAUGAGGAAAAGCUUUGGAGCCACUGGGCUGUGAACUCAUUAGAGAUGAUCAGAAGGGACACACCCUGUGACUCAGUCACUGGCUUUUCAGAGAAGCCAGCUUCCUGGAAGAUUAGCUUUUGAAACAAUGAACAGCUUGCCUUGACCUUGAUUAUUGAUCCGUUGACUGUCAUUAACAAUUUAAACAUUGUCUUCUGUGAAAAUUUAUCUUGAACAGUCCUAUUCUAUGUCUUUGCCCUUUGAUCUUUAACUUGCAAACUGGCAGAAAUGAAGGGAAAUCUGAUGUUGCUUCUUUGUUGGAGGGUUAAUUAUUCUGAAAUCCAGUGAGGGUGAGCUGUUUCCUUCAAGUGGAGAGAGGUGUGGGUGUCGAGUGUGCAGACAGAUGCUUGGUUCUUCCAGACACACUCAGAAAAAUACCCUGGAGAUAGAAGUGACUUUUAAUUUUCAUUUAAUAUAAUUUCAAGUUUAAAUUUAUCAUUUUAGUACAAAUAUAAAACUAUAAGGGAAAAUAAAACCUCAAAAUACUUGAAUGGCCAGUAUGGCUUUUAUAUAAAGCAGGAAUUUUAUACUAGUGAGAAUUUCUUACUGAUUUGCUAAUAAUACACAUUUCCAGGUGAUUUUUAAUGAGUGCGGGUAUACAUUCUUAUUUGGAAAUGGAUAGUUUGGCUGCCUUGACUUUACAUUUAUACUCCAUAUAGCACGGAAAUGAGACUUUCUUUCAGUUUAACAUUUUAUGAUUGUGUUGGGGAAAACAUUUUUUAAUCAUGGCUACCAUGUUGCAGACAGAGCCUUGCUAACUUAUUUCUUACAGCCUUGACAUAUCCAACGUGAGGUUAACAAAAAAAGACCAGUUCAAAAAGAGAAAUGGUUUUACAGUGAACAUCAUACAAUGAAGAUGAUUUGAUGAGAUACCAAUAGAUUUUGUGUGUGAGGGCAGCACCCCCUAUAGCCUGACUGCAUGCUUCUCAUGUAGAUGAUGCAGGUUUUAUUCGGAGGUGGUUGCAUCCACUGAGCAUGGAGGGCUGACUGCACACUUAAACUCAUUUAGACAAUGCUUGCUGGUGGGAGGGUUUAAUCCUUUUAGGACCCUGUUCAGGAAAAAGUGACAAAAAGCUACUUUUUGCUAAAGACUGAAAUGAGGAACUAUGUCAUUUUGGAGAUAUAAAAAUCAUCAAGUAGUUCCAUUAACCUACAUAGGUAAUGUUUUUUUUUUCUUUAAAAUGGGAAAGAAACAGAAUAAUUAGUCUUUAACUUCUUUACUCAUUAGUCACAAAAUCCUGAUUCAUCUUAAGACUCAAAAUGUAUAAGGGCUAAAAAAUAAUGAUGCAUUUGGAACAAGACUCAGCUAUGGUUCUUUAAUCCUGGGAUGUCAUAGACAAGGAUGGGUCUAUAUUUACUCCAAUAUGAGAUGAGAUAUAGGUGAUAAGAAAAGAUAUGUAUGGCUUCUCUCUUUACUGGAACCUUUACAUUUUUAGGCUGUGAGACUACAAUGGAUAAAAAAAGUUAUGCACAAUGCAAUCACAAAUAUGGGGUUUCAGUAUUUACUGUGUACCUGGCACUCUGUAUUUGCUGACUCCUCUCACACUGGGGGUUAAGGGAAAGCAAUCUCAAUCCUAAUGGAAUUUUGAAAGGGAGCAUGACUAAUUGACCUAGAACAUGAGGAUUGUGAUUCAAAAUCACUGUGGAAUAAAUUUCCAUCAGUUAACCAAAUAAUGUAACAGCACAGUAUCAAUAGAAACAUACAACUUGUUAAAUAGUUUCCAUCAUCUCAUCACUAAUACAUGGAUAGUUCAAACCUAGUAUUUUCCAAAUUGAAAUGAAGGCAUACUAUGAACACCCAAGAAAUAAUUCUCUUCUUUUUCAUUGUUUUCAUUACUUUUUGUAAACACCAAUGUAAACAAGGUAAUGUUUCUUACAUAAGUUAACUGCAUAGUUUAUAAUUAUAGCCAACAUCAUUCCUCUAUGUAUUACUAACAGGAAUUAAUUACAAUAGCCAAUCGGUCUGUGUUCUCUAUAAAGCAGUAAAUCCACAGCAGACCUGGAGUGUAUGUGAUUAGAUUACUUGAACUGUUGACCUAUUUGAGCACAGUAUCUGCCGACAUGGCUAUCAGAACUGUGGGCACUGAUGCUCUUUACAGAUGGAAAGGUAACAGAUCAGUUAGAGAACUCUGUAGGAUACUAGCAAUGACAACUUCUAUUAUAAAUCAGAGAGCUUUUCUGAAUCAGGUAAUAAAUUACUAAGUAAUAAUUUACAAAAAUGAGUACUAAGUAAUAAAGGACAGAGACUGACUUACUGAGUUAAGCAAAUACAACAUUCAUUACUCAGAUUGCUUGCAAUUCUUUUCUGGUGACACACAAUUUUUUUGUAUGUACUUAUCUCAUUCCCUUCCUAUGGCUGAUUUAAAAAUGAGAUGUGGUGGAUGAGGACAUUCCCCAACACCCUGGUAGUUUCAACACAUGAAUGAUGUGUGGACAGGAUCUUAGGGGUAGUAGUAAAACUUUCAAGUUUGCUCAUUCUCCUGAUAUUUCUAGUGUAGUACAAAUACACACCCAACUUUGUGGGCCUUAUAUUGGAAUAACCAGUGUGUCCAUAUUGACUAAACUCAUUGUGCUAUCUGAAGAAGAAUGAUGUCAUAAUCAAAUAGAUUGAGUUAAUAUGAGAGCCAUGAAAAUAUUUUUAUAAGUUUUGGAAUUGUUUCCAUAAACUAAUAAAGGCAGUAAUUUAUACAAAGUACUGAGUCUGUGAGAUUGUAAUAGGCUGAAAUAACCUAAUGAAUGAUGGAGAAAUCUUUCAGCAAAAAGAAAAAUGUUAAUUUAAUUUUCAGUGCUCUCAAGGUCACAUUCCAAAUUAUCAUAGAUGUCAGACAGAGAAAUAGUGUAUAAACUAAAAAUGUUAAGUUUAGAUGAGCUCUUCCAGAUGGCUGUAAGUGGAACCUCAUGUAUGUCAUGAAAGUGAACAAGUGAAUAAUGUUAAAGGAUCUGACCAUCUCAUUACACCCUCAUGAGAUGAAUUUGCCUUAAACACAGAUUAUGAUGGCCAGAGGGUAGGGAUCUAUGUUAUUGGUUUCACAUUGCCUAAGAGGGAACUACAGCUAUAUCAGAAAAAUUUUAUCAGUUAUAUCUUAAAAAUUAGAACUUUAUAUAAUAAAAUGCCUAAUACCACAUUAUAAACAUGAAAGAUAAAUAUGACAUUGAUUAGACAUGAGAGAAAUAGAGGAGGAGGAAAAUGAGUCUUUUGUAAAAUAUAAAACCCUAUUAUAGCACAUUCCUUAACAGAACUGGAAAUUUUACUUUAGCAAGUAUAAAAUACUUCAGUGUCUUCACACCAGUGAUGACUAUGGGAUCUACCAAUGUCUAUAAUCAGCCAAGGCUGAAGAGAGUCAUCCUACAUAAACAUAUCUGACACUUAGGCACUGCCUUCUAGGGUACAGAUGUGAACAUGAGGUGUUCAGUCACCUCAGCUGGAGAGAUACACAAUGCUAGACUCACCUGAGAAAAGCAUUGCCUUAGGGCAGAAAUAUGCCUCUAAUCACAGAACAUCAAAUACUUAGAGUAGUAGGAAAAGAGCUACCUUAGCAUCCUAGUAUCAUGGAAUUGUAAUAUUGGUUUUCCAUGUACUUCUCAAAUCAUUUCUCAUCUGUUUCCAUUGGCGUAAUUUUGUAGUGAUGCUGAGAUAUUUCAGAUCAGAUUAAUAACAUCCAUGUACAAAUAUUUAUCAAUCUACCAUAUGUGUCUACUUUUAAAUUUAAAUCAGUAAUGUAGAAAGUCUAAGAACAAAGACUGACUUGGCAAAUACACAGAAAUUGAGUGAAAAUCUAUAUCAUAAUGUAAAAUUUCAGUCAGUUUUCUGGUUGAGUCCUGAGGUAGCAGCCUUCGAUUCUGAAACAUAAUUGUCUGCUUGUGGAAUAUGAGCUUAAUGGUUUUUAAACAAUGCUAAUUCUUUAUGCUAAGCAAGGCAUGAGAUCCUGAGUGCUGUGUCAUAGCACUUCACAAGCAUUCACAAUAUCAUCAGUCCUUGAAGGAAGAUGAGGACAUAAGGUAACUAACUCAUGGUCAAUACAUCAUAGUUAUAAAAAGUUCCACAUAAAAGAUACUUAUCUAUGAAGGUAUCUUGAAGAUUCUACACAGUUUCAAUUUAAAGAGCAGUGUAUAUUAUACUAACAUUGGACCAAGAGUAAAGGUCAAGUUUGUAUUCAACGUGUCCUUACAUUCAGGGUCCAUGGGACAUGUAGGACUAGAACAUGGUAAACUAGAAUGAUGUGCUGACCCACAUAACUGCCAUGUACUCUGUCAUAGAACUGGUAUUCUGUGCCCUCAAAAAGGGAGAAGAAAAUCUGUUAAACAGAAAUAUGAUAUGAAGAUGUGAUCAUUGGGUCAUGUUAGGUCACUCAGCUUCAGGGAGUAAGGGGUCAUACCCUUAUUUCACAUGUAAGAACCAGAAAGUGAGAAAGAGAACAUGAAGAAAAUGAUUAUCUUUUUGACUUAGGAAGAUGUUUCAUGAGUAUUUUAUCCACUUGUUUUUCUCUGCAAUAAAAUAUCACUCAAAAUACAUGUUUGUAGCACUUGGUUCAUAGAAAGACUGGGUCCAGGCAGAAUCCUUCUGGCACAGGCCUUUUUAUGUGUGACUGGCACAUACCACAGCUUUGGUGAGAUGUGAAUGUAGGAUGUUGUUUCCUAGGACAGGACAGCUGGUACUUGCACAGCCUCCUUUGAUAUGAAUCUAUGUUCCUUGCCAAGAUGUGGAUGAAUAAAGCCUGAUGUAAGCUGUUUACUGGAAAAGUCACCAGGACAUGUUUUAUCUGUUAUCAUAAUGCCACUUUGAACUUGAUUCUUUCCUCGCUAUAUUAAUUCAGUUGUGAAGGUAAAACAUACUUUACUUGUAUGAAUGAUUCCAUAUUAAAAUCAAUGUCAUAGUUUUUGCUACCACUGAAGUAAUUUCAAAAAGGCCAUGUUAUUGCAUGUCUUCUUAGAGCUCCUGAGUUUAUAUUACCGCCUGGAUGAAAUUAGGUUUUUAGUUCUUUUUGCCACUUCUUUUGUAUCUGACCUGGAAUCCAUUAUUCCUUUAUAAAUUUAUAAAUACAACAUUUCACAAUCUUAGUUACUUUGUGACUUUCAGUUAUAAAUUCCAAACAAGCGUGGUUGUAUGCCAGGGUUUUUUCUCUCUCUUGAUCUGGAAAUUAUUUUUGUUUCUUUUCUGUUUGUUAGUCAAAAAUACAGAUGGCUGGGAAGAGAAACAUUAUUUGUGUUUUCUAAUGCAGUCUGUGUCUAUCUUUGCAUUUAUGUCAAUUUUAACCUUUUAAAAAUCAAUUUGGUUUUCUUUUCCUUUCCUUUGUGAGAAGCAAAAGUGGGCAGCCUUGUACCUCAGAUAUGGUGCACAGAAAAUAUGCCUUUGUCCUCAAUAUCGUCCUUCAGAGUUCCAUGCAAAGACAUCAACUCAGUUAUUCCAUCACCACCUCCAAUCUCUUGCAUUGGUUGCACCUUUUUUAGAACUGUUUUCCCCUGAGGAACAUGAAAUGCUGAGUAUAAAUGCUACUGUCUAUUGAUAAGCCAACUAAAUAAAUUUGCUUUUGGGGAAUGUGCCUUAAAUCACUGCACACACACACAAAGUAAAUACCAUAAUAUAGUGUUGUGUGUAAGGUACAUCAUGAGUACAUGAAUACCUAAUGCCUUGAUCUGUUGGUAUAUUUCCCUUUAUACAUAAAUUACAUAUAUAUUAAAGAGAGAGAAAAUAAGAGAACAGAGGCAUGGGGGCAGCUUUGUGUUGUAUGAAAUUAGAAUCUAUCAGCAUUUCUGUGGGAACCUCUGUUUUCAGGGGUUUAACAGACUCACCCAUAAAAAUUUGCUUCAGGCUUCAAAGUCUAGAAAGAUUUUUUUAGGCAUAUAAUUUUAAACAGAUAUAUAUUGUUUUUAUAUUAUAGGAGGGAAAUAAAUGGAGUUUACUAGUUUAAUUUUGUGCUAAUAUAACUUUUAAUAAACUUAGUUUUUUGACACUAUAAAAUCUGAUUAGUGCAUAGUUUAUCAAUGGCUUCUCUAAAGAAUCAUUAAUUGACAUUGAGAAAAUUGCCUGCUUUAUCAAUGUAACAAUAUAUCUUCAAGAGGUUUUAAACUUGUAUACCUAUAUUACAUUAUCUUGAUUCCAACAGUGGACCAGUAUGAUAAUGAAUGUGAUGAUUGCUAUCCAUAUGAACUAUCUGGUAAUACAGAUUUGGAACUGUAUAUAAUAUAUUACUUGAUAGAU